AUCUUAGUUAUAGGCUCGCUUUCCAUGUCCCACAAGUCCCUAUCUUUUCUAUCUCUCUCACGCAUAUAUAAAGUGGUAAGGUUUUCUCUCAACCUCUUGUCUUUUACAUAUAUAGGAGAGAAGGAGCAGGGAGCAACAAUGGCAAGAAAAGCUCUGCUAUGGUCCAUGUUUAUGGGAUUGGCUAGUUUUAGUUUCUUGUUAAUUCAUGUUUAUGGAGAGCAACCUCAGGUGGGUCAAUUUUCUGGUGGUCAUUAUCAUGACCAAAUGCGCAAAAUGCAAGCCAUCAAGGCCUCCUUUGUCCGGCAUGACUCGAUUGCUCUUUCACCAUCAAUCUCACCCUCUCCUAGUGCUGCUCAGCAACCACCGGUUGUAUCAAGUUCACGUGUGUAUCAUGCGACAUCAUACGGUGCAGAUCCAACAGGGAAAAUGGACAGCACAGAAGCAAUCCUUAAAGCAAUAUCAGAUGCAGUUCAAGGUCCAAGUGAAGGGUCAUUGAUAGAGGGAAUACAGAAUCUUGGUGGUGCAAAGCUUAGUCUUGAAGGUGGCAAUUACCUUAUUAGCCGACCACUAAGAUUGCCGGCCACCGGUUUGGGAAACUUCAUGAUACAUGGAGGAACACUACGUGCCUCGGAUGAUUUUCCAACUGAUGGGUAUCUGAUUGACUUGUCAUCUUCAUCGAAUAGCAAGAAUGAAGUGAACGGAAAGAGUUCGAUGGAUGCACAGCUAUCCUCAUCAUCAUCCUACAAUUAUGAGUACAUAACCCUCAAAGACCUCAUGUUAGAUUCAAACUACAGGGGUGGAGGCAUUGCAGUCAUAAAUUCACUUAGAACUAGCAUAGACAACUGUUACAUUGUCCAUUUCACUACUAAUGGGAUUUUAGUCCAAAGUGGCCAUGAGACCUACAUACGAAACUCCUUUCUCGGCCAACACAUCACUGCCGGUGGAGAUCAAGGUGAAAGGAACUUCUCUGGUACUGCAAUAACCCUAAUGGGCAAUGAUAAUGCUGUCACAGAUGUGGUAAUUUUUUCAGCUGCUACAGGAAUAAUAAUUUCAGGUCAAGCCAACAUACUCACUGGGGUACAUUGCUACAAUAAGGCCACUGGCUUUGGUGGCACUGGGAUUUAUCUGAAAUUGCCCGGUUUGACACAAACCCGGAUUGUGAAUUCUUACUUGGAUUACACUGGUAUAGUGGCUGAAGACCCUGUGCAACUUGAUAUCUCUAAUUGCUUUUUCCUUGGUGAUGCAUACAUUGUCCUAAAAUCAAUAAAUGGGGUUGCAAAUGGGGUCAAUAUUGUUGAUAACAUGUUUGGUGGCUCUGACAAAGGAAUUGAAAUUGUUCAAUUGGACCAAUCCAAUGGACCUUUCAAAGAUAUCAAACAAGUUGUGAUUGAUAGGAACAAUGUCAAAGGGAUGAAUUUAAAGGCCACUGUUGCAAGGGGGUCUGCUAAUGGGGAAGGAAACUCAUGGGUUGUGGAUUUUAAUAAUGUUCUACUUUUUCCUAACCUUAUUAGGCAUGUUCAAUACUCGUUAAGUUCUACUAGCAGCCAGUUCCCCAACCAUGCCUUGAGGAAUAUAUCCGGUAACCGGGUUCAGAUUCAGACAAAUUUGAAUGUUUCAGCAAGUGUAUUCGUUACAGUGGAUCAAUCGGUAGCAAAUUAAGCUGGCCAAAAUUUAGGAACAAGAAGUCCUUAUUGGCAACUGUGAAUAGCUUGGAAGAGUGAUACAUUUGUCAGAGUCUUUUACUAUCUACAAAGAAAUCAAUGUUACUAAAAUUUUAAAUUAUGUCAUUAGAAAAAUUGAACCAGAGAAAAAGUUGUUCUGGUGGAUAGUCUAAUAGAAAAUACAGAAUUAUUUUCAUCAAGUUCACCUUUUGGAAUUGGAAUGUCAGAGGUUUGAAACAAAA